AUAUUCCUCAUUACUAUGAUUUUCUUAUUCAACUCCAACCCAUGAGGCACUUUUCUCUUUAUUGGCCAGCUGUCUACGCACCCACUAUCUUGGCAUCUUCCUUCUUUAUCAUAUAAAAACCAUAAUCCACUCCUCCUCUUUCUCAUCAAACAUUUUCAAACUAUUCCGAUUAAACAAAUAUCAGUUUUCUCACACCCAAUGGCUUCUGUUUCAAAUCUCUUCAUCAUCUUCUCUUCACUUCUCUUACUAUCUCUUUCUCUGCUUAACACUUGCCUUGCCACAUCCAGAACACUCUCCGCUCUUGUUGAGCAACAACCACUUGUUCUGCAGUAUCACAACGGUCCACUUCUGAACGGCAACGUCUCCGUUAAUCUUGUUUGGUAUGGCAACUUCUCUCCAGCUCAAAGGUCUAUAAUCGUUGACUUUCUCAAUUCAUUAAGCUCUGAUAAAGCCCCGAAGCCUUCCGUUUCUUCAUGGUGGCAAACCACUGAGGCUUACAAAGGCGGUCGACGCUCCGUCGUUGUAGGAAAUCAGAUUGUUGAUGAAAAAUACUUGCUGGGAAAAUUACUAACAGCCGAACAACUCAUAGCUUUGUCUUCGAAAGCAGGAGGUAUUAACAAUGCAGUUAACGUUUUGUUGACAUCUGCUGACGUGGCUGUUGAUGGUUUCUGCAUGAGUCGUUGCGGGACCCAUGGUUCUGGUCAAAACAAGAAUGGCAAAUUUGCUUAUGCGUGGGUUGGUAACUCCAUGAGUCAGUGUCCGGGUCAGUGCGCGUGGCCGUUUCAUCAACCUAUUUACGGGCCACAGACUCCACCGUUAGUUGCUCCAAACGGAGACGUCGGAGUUGACGGGAUGAUCAUCAAUCUAGCCACGGUUUUGGCGGGAAUGGUGACGAAUCCGUUCAAUAACGGGUACUUUCAGGGGCCAGCGGACGCGCCUCUUGAGGCAGUUAGUGCGUGCACGGGUAUAUUUGGAAAAGGAGCGUAUCCGGGUUAUCCAGGUGAGGUGUUGGUGGACAAAACCACCGGAGCUAGCUACAAUGCGAAUGGGUUAAACGGACGCAAGUAUUUGUUGCCUGCAAUGUGGGACCCUCGAACAAACAAGUGCAAAACACUCGUGUGAUUAAGAAAAAUAGUAACGCAGAUACCAGCACAAACAACACAAACGAUACUCGUAUGUGUGUAUGUAUGUAGUGCGCAAUAUAAUAGUUACAGGGUGUAGAUAAGUCUUUUUAAAUUAGAGAUGUAUAAAUCUACUUCAAAACGCAUCGUUUCGAUCUAUAUGUUGCAAUCCUGAUGAUAAUAAAAAGAGCAAUGUUAUGUGUACUUAUUUUAGGUACAUAAAUAUAUAUAUACUCAUAUGUGUCAUCAUA